AUGCCUCGAAAACACGAAUAUUAUACUUCUCUUAAAGUUUAUAAGCAACGUCAGCGUCGAUAUGAUAGACAAACAGUUACCAACGAGGUCUCAGAUAAUAGUUCCGAUGAAUUUUGUGCUGAUAAUGAACAACAACAUAUACAGAUAAAUAAUGAUGACUGUACAGCACAACAUUUACUUGUAAAUAAAUCUGAUACAUCUAAUUUAAAUUAUAUUGACGAUGAAUAUGAUAAUUUAACAGGAACAAAUGGUCCGAAUGUAUAUCCAGAAGAUUCGAAACCACUAUUCCACCAAAGUACAACAACAGUUAAAGCUGCUAUAAAAUUAUUAAGUGAUUUUUAUACAAAUGCCAAUCUUGAUAAAGAAAAUGUUAUCCAAUUAUUAAAAACCAUAAAAUCAAUAUUACCACAGCCUAAUCUAAUGCCAACAACAUGGAAAGGUAUAUUGAAAGUAUUAGGUAAAACCUGUGUAUCCAGAACAACAUUUUUAUGUUCAACCUGUUAUCAACAAUGUAUUAAAACAAAAUAUGGUAUUAAAAAAUGUAUGAAUGAUACCUGUUUAUUAUACGGCAAAAAGUUAAAAAGUAGCGAAAUCGUCGAAAUUGUAAAUCUCGAUGUUCGUUCACAGAUCCAAUCAAUUGUGCGGCGUAAUAUUAGUGUAUUAAGUCAUCAGGAAUUAUUUCCAAAAAGUGACAUUUGUUAUGGCUCUCGUUAUCAAGAGGCAAGUACACAACAAAGAAAUCCCAUCACAAUAAUUCUUCAUUCUGAUGGAGCACCGUUAAUUAAAACAUCAAAGCAUUCAUUAUGGCCAUGUUUUGCAUCAAUUGUGGAAUUACCACCGCCAACUCUCGAAUAUCAAAUGAAUAUCAUUAUCGUGGCAUUAUGGUCAUCACGAAAGAAGCCAAAUGUUAAUAUAUUUUUAGAAGAAAGUGUGAAAGAAUUAAAAUAUUCGAUGAAUAAUGGAACAAGUUUAUUUAUUAAUGAACUAGAAUUCAAUAUUAUUUUAUUAACGCAGUAUUUUGUAUCAGAUUUACCAGCAAAAGCAUUAUUUUGUAAUACAAUUAAUUUUAAUGGCUAUUAUGCAUGUAGUUGUUGCCGUACAAAAGGUGAAUGGAAUGCAACAUAUAAAAUGAUUUUAUAUCCAUACAAUGGCAAUGAUUAUACAGCACGUACACAUGAUGGAUAUGUAAAAGCUGCUCAGGAAGCUGCUAAAAAAUCAAGCGGUGGUCGAGAAGUUGCUGUUGAUGGUAUUAAAGGUUUAUCAGCUUUAUUAGAAAUAUUUUCUUAUCCAUCACAAAUUGUGUUUGAUUACAUGCACUUAGUAUGUCUUGGUCAUGUGCCUACAUUAAUCAAACGGUGGUGUAAAAUUAUUAAUAAACAAAAUGUACAAGAUAUUGAUGAUGAAUUAAAACAAAUACGUUUACCACAUAAUAUGAAAGUUAAUUAUCUUGAUUCAGUUACUGCUGUAGAUCAAUGGAAAGCAAAAAAUUCAAGAUUAUUCGUAUUAUAUGUUGGUGUUCCAAUUUGUGUUAGUCAUUUACCACUAUUAUAUGCUUCUCAUUUUGUUAUUUACUCAGUAGUCAUUAAAUUAUUACAUGCACGAGCAACGGAUGAUGAAAUAGAUUUUGUCAAUCAGUUGAUCCAUUAUUAUUGUAAAACAGCACCAUUAGUAUACGAUCCAUCUAUUGAAUUAUUUUCAUUACAUGCUCAUCUUCAUCUUCCAACACAAAAACAACAGUACAUCAUGGUGCAUGGAACAAAACAUCUAGCUAUUCAAAUUGCAUAUUGGACCGAUAUUGAAUGUAUUGUUAAAACAACAGAAUUUGAAAUUCCAUCAUCAACUGCUGUUAAUGAAAUACAACUAAAUCAUACAGCCAUUGAUCCAUACCGUCCAAUAUUAAUGAAUCUUAUUGCAAGUGAAAAUCAACAACAUAAUGAUGUUAUAUUUUAUAAACGUUAUAAAGAUAAAUUUAUUACUUAUCAUACAUUAUUAUACGAUGAACCAUUUAAUUGUGUUAGUUAUAUUAUUUCAUCUAAAUCUGCUUUAGGUGUGGAAUAUGGAAAUAUUAUAUUAUUUUAUAAAUAUCAUAAUGAUUAUUUCAUUUUCGUACAAAAAUAUCAAGCAUCGAAGAAAAAAAUGUCACAAUUUGUUACAAUUCCAUCAGAAAUGCAUCAGAAACUAGAUGAAUUAUAUACAUUAUUAACAUCACCACCACAACAACAACAUAGCAAACGUACAAAAACAACAAAUACAAAAUCUAAACGUCAAUGUACAUCAUCGUCAAAAAAGUCUACCUCACCAAAUACAAGCAUAUCAACUCCAUCAUCUAUUUUUUUGGUUGAUACACCACAAUUGGAAUAUGAGAAGGAUGACGAUAGUGAUUAUGAAAAUAAACCACCACCACGAAAACAAUCAAAUCAAACAACACCAUCUUCAUCACCAAUAUCAAUUCUUCGAACACCAAAACCAUUAACUGGUAGAAAAAUUCUUAGUACAAAUUAUGAUAAUUAUGAGGAUAAUGAACAACCAUCACAAAAAGAACUCGUAUGUUUAUUAAAAUAA